CCUCUGUUCAAAAAGCUGCCAACGUCCCUCUGUAAGAGAGAGUGCGGGCUCGGUCAGUGCUUUCACGACAGGACAGAAUAAAAGACGACCCAGAAAAUAUGCUCACCAGACUCCAGACGAGACUUUGAGCUCAGAGGAAGUUUCGCUGAAGACUUGAGAGACAAACUGCGCUGAGAAAAAAACAAAAAACAAGAAAAAGAAGAAGAAGAAAAAGACGCAGGACGAGUUGAGAAGACAUCGUGCAGGUGGCAGAGCACAUUUCUGACCCGGGACUGAACAUCCGAACCGUCUCGUCUCACCUGAGCCCGACAAGAAGCCCAGACAUGUCCGUGGAGAGCUACUCUGCGCUGGACGAGUCCUCCCUCAGAGCCCUGCUGGAUGGAACCGUGGAUCUGGACGAGAGGCGCCUCAUCCGUUCAGCCAUCCGGGAGUUGAGGAGGAGGGAGAUCGAGGACAUGGAGGCCGCUCUGGCCAGCAAGAGAUUCCGGCCCACACGCCUCAAACAGCAGGAGGACAAGGAGAACCAGCACAGGCCAGAAACCAGCGACAACUUGGACGUCCUGUCAUGCAAACUGCAAUCAAUCCAGGACAUCGACGAGCUCACGAAAAUGCUACGCGCCGCCAGCGAGUACGAGGAGAGGAAGAUGAUCCGAGCAGCCAUCCGACAGAUCCGAGACGAGCAGCAGCAAGGUACGGUGGAGCGGGGUAGAGCUCCAGGUCGUUGCCUCGAGCCUGAGAAUGUGGAGCCCCAGGGCAGCAUGGGAACCGGGGUGAGUACAGCAGAGGAGACAGAGCAGUUACGUGGCCAGCAGACGCAACAGAGAAGAAACGGCUCCAACUCAGGCAUGGUGUUGGUUCUGGAUCACCUGGUGAAGGAUGACGGCUCUGGACCGGCGCUGAUCCAGCCCCAGAGAGAGGCUGUGACCACAGAGCCUGAACUGGUGCUGUCUCAUCGUCAAAGGUCCGACUCCUCAGCCUCAGACCGCAGCGUCACCAGGUCCAAUCUGGAUUCUGUGGCCUCAGAGAAGAGCCUGGGCUCAGCCUUCAGAGCCCGGCUGGACUCUGGAGCCUCAGACAGGAGCCAGAGUCCGUCCCAGCGUGGUCGGCUAGACUCUGGGGCAUCAGAGCGGAGCGUCAGCUCCCAGUCCUACGUCAGACAGAGACUGGGCUCAGAUGUCUCAGACUCUGGUGGAAGACCCCGUUUUGGCUCUGGGUCGUCAGACAGCGUCGGCCUUCUGUCAAGGAAACGGACGGACUCGGGGACAUCUGACCGGAGUGUGAGCAUGUCCUCUGAGGAGAGAGGUCCAGCGGAGGAGGCGGAGGUCGCCAUGAGUGGUUCAACGUACAGCACAGAUUCAGAAACCGAGGGCAGGAGCGAAGGCCGAGCCGACCAGGACCAAAUCGUUGACCAGGACGAGCCUGACGGUGCCGUUCUGUCUCGGAAGGAGCCUGCGAAUGGCCUGCUCAACGGCAGCGCCAAGGGAAAAAUCGACUGCCAGAAACAAAAGAUAACCAAUAACAACGAUCUGCCCCUCACUCAUGGCAAAGCAAAGGAUUCUGCACCUGAGAAGAAAGAUGUCGUCUUGGAACAGUUCAACCGCACCAACUCUGUGCGUGAUCGGAUGCGCAAGUUCGCAGAGCCCCAAAAUGUCCCAGCUGUAAAGAAAGCUCCUCUGAGGAACGGGACCACCUCUGGCAGCAGCAGCGGCGGCGGCCAGACAAAUCACUCCAGAGCUACCGAGCUGUUUACACACACAGCAGCAUCCCUCAGCACAUCUGGAGACAAGCCAGCGAGGCCCCAUGGAGACUCCUCCACGUCUCACACCUCUGCCGCAUCCCAGAGUCACGCCAUAUCUCAAGCGAGAGGCGUGGCCAGCAAACCUCUGUCUUCUGCCGGCCAAUGGCAAAACUCCGUGGGUGGGACGAGGCAUCCAGCUGAAAAAGAUGUGCACGCCUCCAGUAACUCAAAGGAAGACGGGACCCCAGGGAGAGCAGCUGGACAGCAGGUCACCCAGGGAGAGGAAGACCCGGACAUGAAGACUUUCCUCACCAUCGAGAUCAAGGACGGGCGCGCCGCCACCUCAUCCACGUCCUCUCAGAGGGGAAACAUCGUACCCAUCACCAACAUGGCCCCGCGCAUCAACACCAGCGCUCUGGGGCAGAGAGCAGAGCUGACCCUUGGCCUCAGAGCGACACCGUUCAAGGUCUCCUCAUCCAGCCUCUCCUCCGGAUCUUCCAUCAAGAUGGAAACGGAGCCCGUUGUGGCCUCUGAGCCGGUGUUCUCAGUCGGACCGUCCGUCCAGCUCCCAGCCAUCCCCAACGGCUCCAGCACUCAGGCCAAACCCGACGAGCGCUCCGGAAAAAUGACUGCCGAACAGCUGGCUGCCAUCGAGGACGAGGAGCUCCUUGACAAAAUGCUCGAUGAGUCAAAAGACUUUGAGGAGAGGAAGAUGAUCCGUGCAGCCAUGAGAGACCUUCGCAAGAAAAAGAGAGAGGUCAUGCUGGGAUGUACUCAAGAGGAAAUAGACCAAAGAGAAAAGGAGCGCGAGACCCGUCUGCAGGAGCUCCGGCAGCAGAGAGAUGAGCGAGCGCAGAAGGGUCGCCCGGGGGUCGGAUCAGGAGAGGUGGUGAUGAGGAAGGUGGAGAAGUCGGCGGAUGGCUCCAGCCUCAGCCAGGUCACCAAGACAGACCGCUUCGCACAGUCUGACGACGGGAGCAGAUCAUCUCGCAGCACUGUCGUCGAGGCCAGUUAUAUGCAGAAAACAGACAGAGGGACAGUGCAGUCGAAAUCAUACAGCUUCUCCUCUUCCACGUCAUCUUCCUCCUCCAACACCAGCAAAAAAGUCGGCAGUGUGUUCGAUCGUGAGGACGACACGUCUUCUCGUGGCGGCGGCGGCGGCCUGGCGGCCGUGGAGCGGAGGCAGGCGGAGAGACGCAAGGAGCUGAUGAGGGCUCAGACUCUGCCGAAGACCUCCGCCAUGCAGGCUCGCAAAGCCAUGAUAGAGAAGCUGGAGAAGGAGGGAGGCGGCCCUGGAAACCAGGCGGUCGCCAAGGUAAACAAGGUCCAGCGCUCCACCAGCUUUGGUGUACCCAACGCAAACUCCAUCAAGCAGAUGCUGCUCGACUGGUGCCGCGCCAAGACCCGCUCAUAUGAGCAUGUGGACAUUCAGAAUUUUUCAUCCAGCUGGAGUAACGGCAUGGCAUUUUGUGCCCUGGUGCAUAAUUUCUUCCCCGAAGCGUUUGACUACGGCUCCCUGAGCCCCAGCAACCGCAGGCAAAACUUUGAGGUGGCCUUCAGCACUGCAGAGACCUACGCCAACUGCAUGCCUCUGCUGGAGGUGGAGGACAUGAUGAUCAUGGGCAACAAACCCGACUCCAAGUGCGUCUUCACCUACGUACAGUCUCUGGUAAACCACCUGCGCAGAUACGAGAUGUCCAUGGGUCGGCCCUGUGACCUCUGACCUGUGCUCAGUGAAGCACCGGUUCUGACCCGUUCCCCAGCUCCAUCUUCACCUGAUGACCACCUCCACAUGUUACAGGCUGGGACACGGAGUUGCACAUCUCUGGUGGACAUGUUGAGGAUUGUGUGUAUGUGUUCGGUUUGCUUAUUAUCUUUGUUGGCAGUGGUGUCGUGUAUUCAUUACUUCAGUUCUCUUCUGAACACGCAUGGUUAAACACAGAGUCCAUCUUUCUCCAGCAACAGAGCGCCAAAGUUUUCAAAAGACUACCUUUUUAAAGCUUUAAGAUUUUACAUCUUUCUUUUUUUUCUUUGAACUCAAACUCAGCUUUGUACCAGGUGAUAUUUAAAACACGGUGGCUGUGUCACUACGCAGAGAAACGAGGAAUAUUUUUAUAGUAUUUCCCCUUUUUUAAGUUAUUUAUACUUACAUCUUCUCUGCCACGCUUUCGUGAUUAAUUUUAAUUUCCUGCCAUCGCUGAAGAAGAAAAAUACACCUGACCUUACGACGCGUUAUUUGGCUUUCAUUUCGGUACUUGUUCUUUUCUUUUUUUUUUUUUUAAAUCAUACUUGGGUUGCUUGAAGUAUUUUAAUUAAGUUAUUCUCAUAAUGGUGUAAUCAGUUUAGUAUGUUACUAUGUGAUACAUGAGCACAGGGAUUUUGUUUCUUCAUUGUUCAAAUGGAUGCGAGAGUUCAGCUCACCUCUCUGAACUCUCCAGUGCUACUGAGAACAUGUUUCAGACUCUUUUCAACAUUUGUACCCCCACCACUGUGUUACUGUAUCAUCAUAAUGUUAUUCUAACAGCAGAUAACGCUUGCAGUCUGUACAAAAACGUCACAGAAAUACUGCCGAACACACUCACACACAGCUCUCUUAGAGGGCUCCUUAUUUAUGCUUGAGUAGAUGUUUUUUUUUAAAAAAUACGUUUUAUUUUGUAUUUUUGUUAGUGUGUACAUUAUGCUUUGAAAAGUUUUUUUUUUUGUUUAAAGUGAGUCCAUAAGCUCAAGCUACCGGGAUGUUUUGUAAAACAAAUUUUGGGGGCGGUGGUCACUCUCAGGACAAAGUUAACAGGCCUGAUGAAAGCCGGCUUUCUGUUUUCAGAGUUUAUAAGAAAGCAGGACUGAACAUUGUUGCCGAGUUAAUAUUUUAUGGUGUAUGAGGUUAAGGAAAAUUUUUAAAAAAGAAGAUUUUUAUUCAGCUUGUAAAAUUUAAGGUUCCUUUUUGAGAAGAUCAGAGCUUAUUUUGAUGAAAAAGAUUUGUUUUUAGUAGAUUUAGAGAAACUUUGCUGCCAACUGAAAAACGAAAACCUUCCACGAAGCAGUGAGUGAUGUACAUAAGAGCUUAAAACACAGUAUAAUUUCAUGUUUCUGUGCACCACAGGUAAAUGUGACUUCAAAUUAAACCAAUUUGAGAAAUGAA